GCGAGCGCCGCGCGGGUGAUGCCGGCCGCUGGGCGCCCUCUUCUCUACAGGGUCGCGAGCCCAUGCCACGGUCGCCGGCCCGGCUGAGCGAGGAGCCGCCAUGCCAGGUAAAGGGAAAAAAGGAAAAGGCCUGGUCAAGUCUCGGGGGAAGAAGCCGAAGAAACCAGAAGUGGACAUCCUCAGCCCAGCUGCGAUGCUGAACCUCUACUACAUCGCACACAACGUCGCUGACUGCCUGCACCUGCGUGGAUUCCGCUGGCCAGGUGCCCCCAAGGGGAAAAAAGGAAAAAGUAAGAUUUAAGUGAUAGCAUUUCCCAGUAUGUCUCUUACAGAGAACACAACUUGGAGAAGAGGAUGCAGGAUAAUAAAACUAUUGCAAGCAAAAUAGACUUUACUGAAGACAGCUUGAGAUACAAGCCACGUGUGCUUUUCUGUCAUGGUUAAUGAUAAGGACACGCAUGGACUCCCCCCGCUACACCAAAUGUGGUUAGCCGCUCUGGUUUUUAGAUGUUAAAGGGGGGGAAAUGUCUGAGCCAUCCCUGCAAUGUGUGGUGCAAUUGGCAGCACAUUAAAAAAUAAUAUAAUUCUGGGUCAGAAUUCAACCUUCCUCUCAAAGGAAGUUCUAGUUUGCAUGAAUUGCUUGGUGCUAAACACCCAAGGGAUGUUUAGUAUUUAGAGAAGACAUGCAAAGAACAUGGAAUUGGCUUGGGGACAUCCCUCUGUUGGACACUGUUUCUUUCCCUCACUUUUCCAGGAAAAAUAAUAAAUCUCUUGU